AGACAAUGAGAUAGCUUAAUAUACAGCAUCUUUAUUUGUGCUUUGUUAUAGCCUCAUUUCUCUAAUGGAUCUUCUCUUUGUUCUGAGCUCUCUGGUUUUGUUUGCACUGGUGAGUCUAAGUUUCGCUGCAAUUGUAAUCAAAAUCCACGGCAGAAGAUUGUCUAACAAGAAAAGAAGAUACCACCCAGUUGCUGGGACUGUAUUGGACCAUCUUUUCAACUAUCACAAGCUGCUGGAUUUCAUCACUGAGCGCACAAGACAGAGGAAAACUUACAGGAUGCUUAGCUUCUUGAGAGCUGAGGUCUACACUGCAGAUCCAGUAAAUAUUGAGCACUUUCUUGCGGGAAACUUCACAAACUACGGCAAGGGUUGGUAUCACCAUAGUGUUUUGAGCGAUCUUCUGGGUGAUGGUAUAUUCACAGUGGAUGGAGUGAAGUGGAAACAUCAGAGAAAGGCAGCAAGUUAUCAAUUCUCCACCAGAUUAUUGAAAGACUUCAGCAGUUCAGUGUUCAGAUCCAAUGCAGUAAAGCUUGCAGGGAUGGUCUCUGAAGCUGCAAUUUCCAACAAUGCUAUUGAGCUGCAAGAUUUGUUCAUGAAGUCAGCGUUAGAUUCAGUGUUUAAGGUUGUGCUUGGUGUAGAACUGGACACCAUGUAUGGAACCUAUGAAGAAGGUACUCGGUUCUCCAAUGCUUUUGAUGAAGCAAGUGCAAUUACCUCGUAUAGAUAUGUUGACGUUUUCUGGAAGAUCAAGCGACUCCUGAACAUUGGAUCAGAAGCAGUACUUAGAAACAACGUAAGAGUGGUAGACCAGUUUGUGUAUAAAGUAAUCAGAACCAAGAUUCAGCAAGUCCAAAAGCAACAAGAUGAUGAUUCUCCUGUGGUGAAUGGCGAUAUCUUGUCAAGAUUUAUAGAAUUGAAAGAGACAAAUCCAACAUAUCUUAAAGACAUCAUCCUGAGUUUCAUCAUCGCUGGGAAAGACACAACAGGAAGCACUCUUUCCUGGUUUGUUUACCUGCUCUGCAAGCAUCCCCAUAUACAGGAAAAAAUUGCACAAGAAAUCUGGGAGGCAACAAAAGUACAAGGUGGCAUAACCUCUGAAGAACUUGCAGCAAGAGUGACUGAAGAUGCCCUUGAGAAAAUGCAGUAUCUGCAUGCAGCUUUAACUGAGACACUAAGGCUUUACCCAGCAAUUCCGCUGGAAGGCAAGUUCUGUUUCUCAGAUGACGUAUUGCCAGAUGGAUUUAAUGUGAGGAAAGGUGAUCUGAUGGUGUUCUGCCCAUAUGCCAUGGGAAGGAUGAAGUACUUAUGGGGUGAUGAUGCUGAGUCGUUUAAGCCAGAGAGAUGGUUUGAUCAUAAUGGAAUUUUCCAGCAUGAGAGCUCUUUCAAGCUCACUGCCUUCCAGGCGGGUCCAAGAAUUUGCCUGGGCAAGGAGUUUGCAUACAGACAGAUGAAGAUAUUUGCUGCAGUUCUGUUGGGCUGCUUCAAACUAAGACUGGCAGAUCAAAAGCAAUCAGCAAAACACAGGUCAAUGCUUACUUUACAAAUUGAUGGUGGUCUUCAUGUUCUUGCUUCUCACAGAUUGAGGCUCUGAUUCUCUAGUCUCUUGAGAUAUCCCAAAGGCUGAUGUAUUGCUAUCUGCUGUUUAAAAACAGCUACUAUACAUGAAGCAUAUUGGUAUUUAAAUAAAUUGCACAUAAACCUUUCUUAAAAGUCCAUCAUAUGCUUUGUGUUGAUACUAAAGGGUUCCACAUUGACAUCCUCAAAUGUAAUCCCAUUUAAUUUGAUAAAAAUCUAGAUAUGCAUUAUGCACUA